ACGAAUUCCGACCACAACACCACAAAUAAUAUACCAACAUGCCGCGAGCACCGAAAUCUCCCGGCCCGCAGACCCAGCGCCACAACCCGCUCGCCGACGAGUACCUCCCCGCCGACCCGUACAAGAACAAGCCCAAGCGCACCAAGCGCACCAAGCCCGAGGAGCGCGAGCAGGGCUACGUCGACUCGAAGAGCUCGCGCAAAAUCCUGGACAUUGGCCGCGAGCUGGAGGAGGAAGAUGCGCGCGAGAACGCGACCGCGGCGCCCGCCGCCAACCCGGCCUUCGACUUCGACGCACGCCUGGCCGAGGACGACGAGCUCGAGCACGUGUCUGGCCAGUUCGACGACGAGGACGCCUGGGGCGAGGAGGAGGAGGUCGAGGAGGUCGAGCUCGACGCCAACGACCUCGCCGCGUGGAACAAGUUCAUCCCCACCGACGACAACCCCAUCCAGUGGCCCGGCGCCGAGGAGGCCCCCACAGGCCCCGGCACGGAUCUCGCUGCGCUGAUUCUCGAGAAAAUCGCGGCCCACGAGGGCGCCGCCGCUGCCGACGGCCCGCGCGACAUCAUGGGCGGCGGCGCGCCCGAGGACGCCGUCGAGCUGCCCGCCAAAGUCGUCGAGGUCUACAGCAAAGUCGGCCUGAUCCUGUCGCGCUACAAGGCCGGCAAGCUGCCCAAGCCCUUCAAGAUCCUCCCCUCGAUCCCCGCCUGGGAGACACUGCUCGCCAUCACGCGCCCGGAGAACUGGACCCCGAACUCCGUGUACGCCGCAACCCGCAUCUUCGUGUCGUCGAAACCCCAAAAUGCGCAGAUCUUCCUGUACACCGUGCUGCUCCCGGCCAUCCAGUCCGACAUCGCCGAGACCCAGAAGCUGAACAUCCACCUGUACAACUCCCUGAAGAAGGCGCUCUACAAGCCCUCCGCCUUCUUCAAGGGCAUCGUGUUCCCCCUGCUCACCGAGGGCCGCUGCUCCCAGCGCGAAGCCACAAUCGUCGCCUCCGUCGUCGCCAAGGUCUCGGUCCCCGUGCUGCACAGCGCCGCCGCACUGCACAGAUUGUGUGAAAUCGCCGCCGCGCAGAUGAGCGCCGACGUCGACGCGGCGGGGCCGUGUAACAUCUUCAUCAAGACGCUGCUGGAGAAGAAGUACGCGCUGCCGUACAAGGUCAUCGACGCGCUGGUGUUCCACUUCCUGCGCUUCCGCGUCGCCGGCGCAGCGGGCGGGAUGGACGUCGACGGCGAGCCCCUCGGCGGCGCCGCCAAGUUGCCGGUUAUCUGGCACCAGUGCCUGCUCGCGUUCGCGCAGCGCUACAGAAACGACGUCACUGAGGACCAGCGCGAGGCCCUGCUGGAUCUGCUGCUGUCGCGCGGGCACGCGGGCAUUAGUCCCGAGGUAAGAAGGGAGUUGCUGGCGGGGCGCGGGAGGGGGGUGGUUGCGGAGCCCGAGGCGGCGGUGGAUGUUGGGGGGGACGAUACGAUGGUUAUGGGGUAGAUGGCGUGGUGUGCAAGAGAAGGGGUGGUUCAAAAGGACCCUUGUAAAGGGAGAUGUAGGUCCAGACCGGGUUUGUCGUGCAUUGCUGGCGUUUAGAGGGAAAAGGGAUUUAUACCCGCCGUUCAAUUCAUUCAUUCUUCAAC